AUGAAGGAAGAAUUCUUCACAAAUCUACCAUCACACAUCACCAUUGACAUCCUCUCCCGACUCUCCGUCCCAACCAUUCUCCUAUGCAAAUCCGUUUGCAAGCCAUGGCUCGAUCUUCUCACCACUCAAGAAUUCAUCAACCAUCAUCUUUCCCCCCUUCACGGAUUUAUAUCAACGUCAGCCAACGGCGUCCUUCUCUGGCGCAACGCCAACAUCAGGCCAAAUGCCCUUGCCAUAUGCAAUCCGAUCACCCGUGAAUACAUAGAAAUCCAUUCACCUCAAGACUUCGACUACACGUACCCUCAAGUAGUCACAUUUGGAUUCGGAGCCAGCAGAGUCAGCAACGAACAUAAGUUAGUUAGAGUUUUCCAUGAUUGCAUACUGGAUCAAGACACGUACAGAGUAUUACGGAUCCCCAAAUCUGAGUGCCAUGUGUACACCGUUGGAGCCGGAUCAUGGAGGAGGGUCGCCCCUCCCGCUCCCUUCGUGUACAGCUGUCAUUCCGUUGGGGCAUUUCUGAAUGGAAAUCUUCACUGGCUUGUGUUUGAUUUAGAUAACAAGCCCGUCAUUUCUUGCUUUGAUCUUGAAACAGAGAUGUUUCGCGUAUUCUCAGCUCCUCCUCCGCAUCAAGGAGGAGGGCUUCUGAUAGACGUGUUUGCUUUGGGGAAAGCCUCUGCGUGUGGGGAUAACUCAUCCGAAGAUGAGAUUGUUAUCUGGCUGAUGAAGGAAUAUGGAGACGAGAAAUCGUGGAGGAAAGAAUAUGUGAUUAGCAAAAUUGAGGAUUAUAAGGGUCAGAGUUAUGAAGUAGUUCGGCCACUCAAAGUGUUCAAAGAUGGAGACAUGUUGAUGGCGUGCGGUGAGUUCUCCCUCUUUUACUCUUCAAGUAAGACAAGAACUAUUUCGCGGAUUGAAAUGUUUGGCUAUGCUAAUUCAGUCGUUCAUACCUCGAGCUUUCUCUCUCUACGAGUUUUGGAACGGAGAACGUUAGCUACUUCUGAUUUCUAUAUAUGUUGUUUAUGA